GUGAGGUUUAGUCUAAACUUUCGUGGACUGAGUAAUGAAGCGGUUUUCUUUUCGUUCAUUGGUUGCCAAAAAGCGCCUCUGUAACCUAUAUGUCUAAUUUUAAAGUACAGGAGCUGUACUGCUGACGCGAAGAUUACUGGCAUCAAAAUUAUGUAUGACGAUUUUUACUUAUGUAGGUACAUAUUUAGCAUACCACGUGUCCUCCCCCCUCAAUAUACAAGCACUGGAGAACUGAGGCAACGCCCGUGCUUCGUCUCCACGGAGGACUUUUCUCGUAUAUCUGGAUUCAGUCGUAGAUGCGUUAGUUACUUGUUGGCGAGUUUCGUCAGCUAAUUUUGGUUGUAAGGCUGUCUACUCUCUCUUUUUUGUUAGCUAUCUUGUUCAUUUGGGUCUGCAAAAUUUUUCGACACGUCAAAAAGGGUUUCAUUUGUCUUGACUUUAAAAUUUUCGCUAAGUGCGUUGACUAUCUGAAAUCUUCAGAAUGACAGACACCGAAACAAGCCCCGCUGCCAACUGUGUGGAGAAGUUGAAGACCUAUAUAAGGACUCGAAAAGGAACUAUUCUCGCUGUGGAAACUGUCCUGAGCUUUAUUAUGCUUUUCUGCUAUGCAGCCUCUUACUAUGGAGGUUAUUCAGCAGUGCCUAUCUGCGGCAUGAUCUUUGCCAUCAUCUUCUUUGUCAUCUUCAUGAUGGAGCUGGACAAACAGCUUCUCUUCGUCAACUGGCUGUGGACGGACUUUAGCCGAGCUGCUAUUGGUGGACUGCUCUAUAUCAUCACCUCUCUGUUUUGCGUGGCUGGUGGAUCGGGCGACGGAGCUCGCAUCGCAGGCGGGGUUUUUGGCCUGAUCGCUGGCCUCCUGUUUGCUUAUGAUGCCUAUCUGAUAUUUAUGGACAUCAAGAACACUAGAGGGCGGUCAGCUGCUUCCACUGAUGACCGAGUUUGAAGAAAACAGAACAGCAGCAGUACUUUCUUGGAAACACUUGGAAAGGUUGACAAAGGGCUUUAACAAUGGCAAAAGAAAAAAAAUGUUAAGAAUGUCUAAGGUCUGUCACGGUAUGAUAAGACAACUGUUGUUGAACUGGGAAUGCUGUGUGACAUUGGUCUAAGCUAAGUGGCCACCAUAUACAGCUGAGGAUCCAGUGGUGAGCCUGUUGAGUAAAAACAAACAAACAAAUGAAUGAUUGAAUAAUUAGAGAAGCUGGCAUCUGUCAGUGUGCUCAAAGAGCUUCUCUGCAGAAAUUGUAGCUAUCAAAGCACUAUUGUUUCAAUGUUGCCAUAUAGGACCUGUUUACUGUCAGGAAGCGAUCAUAAGAAAUUCAGGAAAGAAUGAAUAAGUGACCAGAUUGACAAAACUAACUGAACGAGCUUUUGUGGCUGCUCUUCACAGACAUGGCCUUGUUUUUAUCAAGUAACUGAGAGAAUGACGCUUCAGUUCAGUUUAGGUUGGUGCUAUUUUCGUGUCUGUUAAUUGGGAGAAGUGUGCUUACAUUAGCAAGCAAAAUGUGUACAUUUUCAGGUACAGUAGAUAAUGUUAACUAAUAUUUGAUAACUAUUGAUUUGCUUUAAAUAAAGUUUCUAUGGUAGUAGGGAUGAGUUUUUAUAAUAAGUUAAUGUCUUGUUUAUAUGUUGCCAUAGUGAUCUCUUUAUUCAAAGACUCUGUUUAUGGUAGGUGGAAUAGUAAUAUUCAGAGUGAUUCAGUAUCAAAUUCAUAAAGGAAAUUAUGUAACAUUUUGUAUUUUGCCAUGUUUCUAAUCAGAUUUUUGCUCCACUGAAAAAAAAUGUUCAUGGAUCAAUUUUGUAUGGCUAUAUAUUUACAAAAAAACUACUCACUGAUUUUAAAUGUGUACUGUAACAGUUCUUUUCUAAAUGUGUGAUCUGCUCUAAUUAGUUUUUUAUGCUUGUUUUGACAGAUUUUUAUUUUCUUUAUUCAUUUAGCCCCAUUGUUUAAAGGAACCCCAAUACUUUGUGUGGAAACUUGUCCAUGAAGUUGGAUUAAACACCCUAGUUGUAUGUUUCUGAUUCGAGUGUGUAGUAAUAUUCAGUGCUUUCAGCACAGCAUAUUGGAAUUUUACAGCAAAAGUACUUUUACCUUUGCCAAUGCCAUGUCAUUGUGUAUCUUUGUCAAAAAUUACAAUCUCAGGAUAUAUCUUUUUAAAAAUAUUUUAGACCAAGUUUAUCGUUGAAAGAACACACUAGAAUGUAGUUCUGCAAUAUUUUAUUCAUUUGUCAUUUUUCUAAUGUCACUGUUAUUUUGGGGUUUUUACCUGUUCAAAUGCCAAAUAAAAAUCUGUUAACCAUGUCAAAAUAUGUGUGGUGGCAAUGAAUAAGAAAGGUAAACAAUCAGCUCUUUCAUAAUAAAAAGUUGCCAUCAUGGAAAAUGGUUGACGCAUAAAAGGUGAUGAGCUAAACGUAACUUUUCCCCCGUUUUUCUAUGACAUUGUAGUGAAUUGUAGUGAAAUGUCUAUUACCACAAACAAUAAUUCUAGCACAUCUUAGUGUACUUAUAGCGUAUUUUAUUUCACUUAUUGUAAGCGUGUUAUGCAACUGUUAAAUGGGGCCUAUAGUAAGUAUUCUAAAUAAAUGUAAAACAAGCUAUAACCCUGUAACAAUAACUGUUAAAACCAAAUACUAUACAUGUUAGAGAUCAUCUUAUUAAGACUUCAUAUGACAUUUUAUGCAGUUUAUAUUAUUGCUGUUGACGCGUCUGCUUUUGAUCAUAGGAGGACGCCCCACCCUUUUGAGUUUUGGCUACUCUCCAGGGUUCUUUCUCAUGCCCUUAAGGAGAUUUCCAUACAACUUUUGCCUUUGGGUUCUUCACUGGGGGCUUGGACUCACAUUUAUAAAACUGAUUUGUGACAAAGGCUGUUGUAAAAAGCACUAAAUAAAUAAAUGUUACUUGAUUAUUCUGUA